CCUCCCUGAGCCAGCAGUGUGACCUCCAGCUCCACCAGGCCACCUCUGCGUCCACCUCCUCCACCCGCGCCAAUUCCACGUCUGAAGGAUCUGAGCAGGGGAAGGUGGAGGGGGUGGUGGGUGGGGGGUACUGUCGCCACCACCAGAUGCAGUAUUGCCCUAGAGAGAAUGGCAAAGACACCACCACCACCACCACCGCUGACCCCUACCAGACCCCCUCCCCAGUGGCCGUGACGCGAGGGGGGGACCUGAGUGACCCAAGGGAGGCACGGAGGUACAGGGUGGCCAAGGAGCUUCUGGACACUGAAAAGAAGUACUGCAGGACUCUGUGGACCAUUCAGGACACCUUUGCCGAGCCGCUCAAAAAGGCCAACAUUCUGUCUCGUAAGGAUAUCAGCACAUUGUUCCCGGAGGAGGUGUACCAGCUGUAUGACAAGCACAGCAUCCUGCAGCACCAGUUGAGGGAGCGUCUAGGGUCAUGGAAGUGGCAGCCGCUGGUGGGGGACGUGGUGGCCCGCUUCACCGACCCCCGCCAGAGUGACGUGCUGCGCCUCUACACCAGCUAUGUAAAUGACUUCCCCGAGGUGCUCAAGACCUUCAGGAAGAUGUGCCACACCUCCCAGCCCUUCACCAGGUUUAUCAAGGGGUGUCUGGAGCAGCCGGCGUGUGGGGGCCUUGACCUGGGUGCCUUCCUCCUGACCCCAGUGCAGCGUAUUCCUAAGUACAUCCUUCUAAUCAAGCAGCUCCUGAGGUACACUGAAUCCACACACCUUGACUACCUCCACCUGCACACCUGUCUGGACCGCCUGAGGGACUUCCUGGCCAGAUUAAACGAUUCCAUGGAGCACUCCUUCCAGCUGGUCCACAUCCACCUGGCCCCUCCACCCUCGUCCCAGGUGGAGGAGGAGGGCAAGGUGGUGCAUCUCCGCCACCUAAGCCAGUUCGAGGAAGGGGAGGUGAAGGGAGGUGGUGUCUCGUCACCUUCUGUGCCCGGCUACCAUCACCACCACCAUCACAACUUGUAUAAUGGGAAUAGAAUCGGUCGACUGCCACGGCGGUCCACAUCCUCCCUGGGCAGUCCCACAACCAGCCCCACCCUGAGCCCCCCUGGCAGUCUAGGUAGUGGCAGCCCUACCCGGCCCCCCCAGCGGUCCCUCAGCUCGGCAGGGGUGGAGGUGGGGGGCGGGAGGAGGCACCGUGAGCACAGGGAACCCCAACAACACCGGCAACCUCCACUAGAUUCAAGAUCCUCAUCACUACCUCGCGGGUCGCCAACGUUUGGGGGUGUUGCAGGGAACGUAGCCCCCCCCUGCCCCACACAGCCUAGGGUGCGGUCCAGGAGUGAGAGUGUGGCCUCCAGACGCCCCCUGCAGCCCCACAGCAGCCCAGACAGCACUGCAGAUAGCCCUAUCUUGGCCCCAGCACUGUCUGUUUUGAGUGUUACUUCCAAGGAGGCUCGGUGGAAGGACAUGUCAGGAAGUGAGCCAUUUUUAGCAGAUACCCCCACUUCUGCCCCCUCCCUGCUGACCCCCGCCCCAGCCCACAGUACCCUGAGUGUGGACGGGCAGCCCCACACCCCCCCGCACCCCCACGCAUGGACAGACGGACACCAGCACACAGAUGAAAGCAGGAAGAAGAAGUCAUCGCUGAGAACGUCACUUCGAAAUAUGUUUACGUUUAAGAAGAGGCCACGCUCCCAAACCUGAUCCACCAAUCAGAGAAGCCCCAAUAGGAUGGCAGGAGGAGGAGGAGGAGGAGGAAGACCAGGAGGAGGAGGAGGAGGAGAGGAAGAGAUAUUAAACAAGUACUGGGAGACAACCACCAUCACCACCGCAGGGAAGGAGGACCUGAC